UGGUAUAGGUAGUUUUCAAAUAAAUUUGUUUAAUUUUAACAGUGUCAUCCAUACGCAUGGAGAUUUCGUUUCUUAAGAUGCACUUGGAUAUAUAAAUAAACGAAUGAUUAAUUAAUAUUAAUAAUUUUAAACCAUUGCGUUAUAUUUGCAUAAAAAUUAGUCUUUUGUAUGAAGAGUGAGUGAUUAUAGGUUAUGACGCCAUGUAUAGAUUUAUUUUUUCCUAAAUAAAAUUAAUAUAAAGUACGACAUUAUCUGGCUUAUUGAUCACUUCAAUAAAAGCUUCAUGUAUGAAUUGAAAUUCUAACUACAAUUCUAUUACUUUGAUGAAAGUCAUACAAAUUGAUUGCAUUAGAUAAGCACUUUAUUAAAAUUAUUGUUUGUUUAAAAUAUAACUAAUUAUGGCCAUUUUGAUUAAGGAAGAGAAAAAUUCUUAUGCGUGUUUAGAUGAUGAAGAGGAUGCACUAUUGAAUGAAGCUAUUUGCUGUAGUAGAAAUUUAGAAAUAAAAACUGAUGAUGAUGAGGAUGAUAAUGAUAUAUUGAAAAAGGAUUCGAAUAUUAAACAGAAGAAAAAUGAAAAACAAGAAAAACAAAAAUCAAAUAUUCCAUGGUGUGAUAUGGAUUCAGAUACCACUAUUUCUGAUUUAUCUACAUCAAAUGGGAAAAUUGAUUUAUCUUCAUCAGGUGAAAAAAUUGACUUAUCGAUAUGUAAUGGAAAAUUUGAAAAUAAUAAGUCAUUAAAAGACCAUGCAAAUUCAAAACUAGAAUUUAAAAGUACACAAAGUAAAAUAACUACAAAAGAAAUGGAAAGAGUAAUGGAUACAAAUAAUACAGAAAAUAUUUCACCUGUGCGCAAAAGAGUGAGAGAAGGAGAGGAUAAUGAUGAGGAAUUAAAAGUUUCUAGAAAUAGACUUAACAGCAAUUCAAGCUCUAGUACAAUGUCUAGUAAUAGUAAAAAGAGUUUAGAAUAUGAGACUGAUCCUACUAUAUUAGCUCGUAGACAAAAGGAUAUUGAUUAUGGAAAGAAUACUGUAGGAUAUGAUAAAUAUACUCAAGAAAUUCCAAAGGAUCAACGAACAAAAGAUCAUCCCAGAACACCUCCAAUGUAUACUAAGUAUAGUAGAAGAGGUUGGGAUGGGAUGGUAAAAUUAUGGCGUAAACAACUUCAUUUUUGGGAUCCAAAGGAAGAAAAAAAAGAUGAA